AUGACAGACACAACAAGCGUACAGAUGAUCACCUGCAAUGAUUGCGGAAAACAACUUCCCGAAACUAACAUGACAAUGCAUCGUCUCAUGGCUUGCGCUGGAUACGCUCGAGCAAGUUCAGCCAGAAAUGAAGAAGAAAAAGAAGACAAUGAUGUUGUCGAUUUGACUUCUCCUGCAAACCGCAAGCGUGAAGAUCCGCCCCCUUCUACUCCUCCUCCUUCUAGCCGUCGCCGAGGACGCCUCAAGCGCGAUGACGAUUAUUCCAGUGAUGUGGAACCCAUGGACGUGGACAGCAAUGACGACGAUGAAGUGGAAAUUAUUGAGACUAGCGACAACAGUCACGAUGACAGCGUGGAAGUGGUCGAUCAGGAUGUGGUGGAAAUUCUAGACGAUGAGUGGGCGUGCAAGAAAUGCACUUUGCUCAAUGACAAGGAUGUGACAGUAUGUGUCAUGUGUCAGACCCGAAAGGAAGGAGCCACCGAUCGUCCACAGCAGCAAACAGAUUCGGAUGGCGUCCGCCCUCCCGAUCCGACUCGUCGUGAACGGCUCAUUGGUGGGGAUUGGGACUCUCCUCCUCGUGGAAUGCCUCCUGGCGGUUCUCCACUUACGGCGAUGGGUGGAGGAGCUCUUCUUGGAGGAAUCGUAGGCGGAGCUGCUGCCUACAUGAGGGGACAGAGUAUGAGCCGUGGGGCAUUGGAUGGGUCUGUGGCGGGUGCCGUCAGUGGAGUUUUUUUGAACGAAUUCAUGCAAAGCCCGGAUCGUCCAUCAGCAGCUAGCCGACGCCGUCACACCGUACGAAAUGAUUCGUCCGAUUGGGAUAACCUGACAGGAGCGAGAUCUUCCACCGUUACUGGGCAACCGAGCUAUCCCAGCUUUGGCUCCUCGGCUAACCAACGCGCUACCCGACAACCUCGCGCCAGUUUCCGUGUGUCGGAGAUUACCAACCCUGAUGGUAGUAGACGAUUUAUGGUGUCGGAAUCGAACCGCCAUGGGUCGAUGCGAUAUUCUCGACACUCUCAUUCGGCUAUAUCGGACCCUGUCAUGCAAGCUCUCUUGGCUUCGCGGGUCGGAGGAUUGGGAGCUGCUGGUACUGGUGGAGUGGAUGGCAUGUCUUAUGAUCAACUCCUUUCUGCAUUUGGUGACGGAACAGAAAACCUGGGCGCUUCGAUACAACUCAUCUCGUCGCUUCCCACUGCCAAAGUCAAGACCAAGGCAGACGGGACCAUUGAUUUGCCAGAGGGAGCACGGCAGUGCGCCGUAUGUUUGGAAGAUUUUGAACAAGGGCAGAUUCGAAAGACAUUGCAGUGUCUCCAUGGCUUUCAUGCCACGUGUGUCGACAAGUGGCUCCAAACGAAUGCGUGUUGCCCGGUCUGCAAAUUUCGCGUGGAAGAGAACGGACGUCCUUCCCGCUAG